AUGUUUUGGACAGAAGAAAGGAGGAGAGGAGAGACAGAAGAGAGGAGGAGAGGAGAGACAGAAGAGAGGAGAAGAGGAGAGAGGGCUUCUGGAGUCGACUGUCAUAGCUCUGUCCUUCCUCUCGUGGAGGUGUCUAGUGGUCGGCUUGUCAGCUGUGAAGAGAGCCCAGGGUUGGGUACAGCACCACACCGAUGCCCCCUGGAGGCACCUGGGCUGGACAAGCAGAGCCCUGGAGGUGAGGGGGAAGGAGGUUGUGUUCUAGGGGGUAGAGGACACCAUGAAGGAAUAGAUCCAGCUGUCUCCAGCCUGCCACAGACAGAACAGGAGCAGGGAGGGAGAGCGUGGAGAAAGGUGGGGAGAAGGAUAGAACAUGGAAGAAGUGAAAGCGGACAGGGAGAGAGGAGAGAGCGAGGAUGGGAAGAGAGGAGCAGCGUGGAAAGAGAGGUGGCUGAACACUUGGCCCAUGGCCUCUGGUCAGAGUUCUCCUCUUCUCCUCCCCUCCUCCAGGACUUCCUCCCUGGGACUGAGUCUGGCAACCUCCGGAGCAGCAGCUCCACCUUGGACUGGCUCCACAAGCUUGACAUCAGCUCCAGUACUGGGGACUGUCCCUUCCUACACGGCUUGGACAGGGAGACAGACAGAGGGACAGGGGAGGGGACGGACAGGGGGACAAAGAGCGCGACUGAGCUGGGGUGUGAGGGGUCGUCCCAGUUAGAGAAGAGUCCCUGUGUGUCCUCCCUGACAUCUGGAGACGAUGGAGACUCCGACUGCUUCGAUACGGAGGGAGACAGCGAGUCCUGUUCCUACAGCCAGAGAAUCAAAGAGGUGCAGCUCCCGUUCUCUGUGGGUCGUAUCGUGGCGUUGAGCAGGAAUGACUUCCAGCUGAUGUUGAGGCACCAGCCUCCUCUGACCAGAGAACAGCUGGACUUUAUCCACGACGUCCGGCGCAGGAGUAAGAACCGCAUCGCAGCCCGGCGCUGUCGGAAGAGGAAGCUGGACUGUAUCCACAAUCUGGAGUGUGAGAUAGACAAACUGAGGACAGAGAAGAACCAGCUGAUAUCAGAGAGGAGCCAUCUGAACCAGAUGAAGCUGAAUACUUGGCACAGUGUGACCGCUCUUUGUCAGAGGGUCUGCAGCGAGGCCGCCCUGAGACCAGAACAACUCCAGGUCUUAGCCAAGUACACCUCCCCAGACUGCCCGCUCUCUGCUCUCAUCUCCCCCACAGACCCAACCUCCCCUGGGCUAGGAGGACUACUACAAUCCCAGGCCUCUCCCUAGGCCUGCUCGUCCUCAGGCCUAGCCUCAGAUACCUGUCAGAACUUUUCGGAACCUUCGGAACCUUUGGAACCUUCGGAACCUUUAGAACCCUCGGCCAGCUGCUCCAGGGACACACCCACAGGGGAGGAUCUCUCAGGUGAUUGAACAAGCCUCUCAGGUAUAUAGAUGUGAUCAGGUGACUGAUGCCCUGCUCAUGGAUGAGUGUGAGUCUGGACACCUUCAUCAUCAUCAUCAUCAUCAUCAUCAUCAUCAUCAUUUCAUAGACUUUCUUCUACAGGCAAAGGCACUGUGGUUGUGUUCCAAUAAUCUCUCCUUCCUCAGAGGUGCACUCAGUUACUCACUAAAGCAUCAGAUUGGUCUAGGCACUGAGCAGGGAUGAAGGAAGCAGGAAAGUAUUUUCCCGCGAUUGACACGGUUACAUACAAGCUGACAGUAUUUCAACCACAUGAAAAUAUGCAUGCAAGAUGAACUGAAAUCCAUCACCAGAGAUACUGUGUGUGGUGGUGUGUGUUGUGUGUGUGG